AUGGCCGAUACCCUCCUGGCGCGGCUGGACCGCUGGGGCGCCGAGCAGCCCGAGAAGACGGUCUAUGCCUUUGCGGACGACAAUGGCAUCAUCACGGCCUCGUUGACGUACAAGGAACUGGACGAGCGUACGCUCAACCUCGCCCGCUGGAUGCGUGCACCGGCGUCGUCCAAAGGCAUGGGUCUGUCGCCGGACGAAAAGGUGCUGCUCGUGUAUCCGCCGGGCCUUGACUUUAUCGUGGCCUUCCUUGCGUGCUUGCGCGCUGGCGUCGUUGCCGUGCCCGUCUACCCUCCAGACCCGCGCAAACUGCGCAAGGACAUUGUCAUGUUUACGACCGUGUGCUCAAACGCCGGCGCCAAGACCGCGCUCACGUGCGCGAGCUACAACCACGUCAAGAAGAUCCUCGAUAUCAAGCAAAAGAUGACGUUCUCGGAGCGCUACCCAUGGCCUGACCUCGAUUGGGUCGAGACGGACCGGCUCAUCCACGCGCCUGCGCCGAGCUCGACGACGCUUGCAGCGCCGAGCGCCGACGCCCUUGCGUUUCUGCAGUACACGUCUGGAUCGACGUCCGAUCCCAAGGGCGUCAUGAUCUCGCACGGCAACCUCACGAGCAACUUGCAUCUGAUUGUUGACGCGCUCGCGGCGCGCCAGGACGCGGUCGUUGUCUCGUGGCUUCCGCAGUACCAUGACAUGGGGCUCAUCGGCGCCUACUUGGGCAUUCUCUUCUCGGGCGGCCACGGCGUCUACCUCUCGCCCUUCUCGUUCAUCAAGAACCCGUCGCUUUGGAUUGCGCUCAUCGCCAAGCACAAGGCAACGCAUCUCCAGGCGCCCAACUUUGCGUACGCCCUCUGCGCGCGCAAGUUCAAAUCGCCGUCGCCGAGUCUCGACCUCUCGAGCGUCCGCCACAUGAUCAACGGCGCCGAGCCCGUCGAUGUCCACGCGAUCGACGCGUUCUAUGCGACGUUUUCACCGUUCGGGCUGCCGCGCGGCGUCAUUCGACCGACGUACGGGCUUGCCGAACACACGGUGUACGUGUGUGACUCGCCGCCGACGCUGACGCACCUCCGUGUCGUCAAAUCGGUGCUUGAGUCGGAGGACAAGAUGGAGAAGGCGACGGCGGCGACACCCGCGAACGACGUCAAGGACAUGGUCGGGUGCGGCGAACCCUCCGUCGACGUGCGCAUUGUCAACGCCGACACACGCCGGACGCAGCCCGACGGCCUCGUCGGUGAGAUCUGGAUCCGCAGCUCGUCGACGACGCAAGGCUACUUCAACUUGCCGGCGCUCACGCAAGAGAUGUUUCGCGCGUCGCUCGCCGACGCUCCGGAUGUGCACUACAUGCGAACAGGCGACCUCGGUGUUUUUUGCGAGCGCCAGCUCUUUGUCUGUGGGCGUCUUAAGGACUUGAUCAUUGUGCGCGGACGGAACCACUACCCGCAAGACAUUGAAAAGUCGGUCGAAGCGUUUGAAGCCAUUCGCCCCGGCUGCUCGGCGGCGUUUGCGGCGUCGCUGAACGGCCACGACGACGAGAUGCUUUGUGUGCUGGCCGAAGUCCGUCCCGAGGCGUCGCAGCCGCUACCAGAGCUCGCCAAUGCGAUGCGGAGCGCGAUUGCAGCCGAGCACGGCGUGCAGCUCACUGGCGUCGUCUUUGUCGAGUCGCGCUCGAUUCCCAAGACGACGAGCGGCAAGAUCUCGCGCCGGCGCUGCAAAGCCGCCUUUUCAAGCCAAUCCCUGAACGAGCUCCACCGCUCCAUCAACCUCGACGACCGGCUGCUUGACGAGACCCCGGUGCCGGCGAAUCCGCCAGGUCCCAAGCGCACGUACCCGCCCUUUGAGAGCGUACCGGCAUCGGCGGUCAAGGCCUUUCUCUGCACCGAGAUUGCGCAGCUCCUCAACGUGCCCAAGACGCACGUGACGGACGCCACGACGCUCCAUGAGCUGGGCAUGGACUCGAUGGGGCUCACGCAGCUGCAAGGGAUCAUCGCCAACGAGUACGGGGUGCAUGCCCCCGAAGAGGUGCUGUACAGCGAGACGACGACGAUUGACGGACUCUACGAGGCGCUCAAGCGCGCGCCGCCGUCGUCGCCGCACCCGGCGCCCAACGUUGGUGGCGACAACCAGACGUCGUUCCUAGAAGACCCGCCGGCGCCGCCGCGGUCGCGCAUGUGCUGUGGCUGCAUUGCGAUUCGGUAGCUGUAGUUGUGCAGCAAUCUCGCGGUAUAGAAAGACAGCAAACAACGACGACGACCCGUUCUACUUGUGUGUUGGCCACGAACCCUAUUGAAGG